AUGAACAAAGACGAGAGCCAGAUUGAGGGACAGAUAGAGGCCCAUAUACAGAGCCAGAUCGAGGGACAUAUAGAGACACACAUACAGAGCCAGAUUGAGGAUCAGAUACAGACACACAUAGAGGCACAGGUUGAGGGAGAGAUAGAGACACACAUACAGAGCCGGAUUGAGGGACAGAAUGAUACCGAUAUACAGAGCCAGAUUGAAGGACAUAUAUGGACCCACAUACAGAGCCAGAUCGAGGGACAUGAAGAGACACACAUACAGAGCCAGAUUGGGGGACUGAUAGAGACACGCAUACAGAGCCAGAUCGAGGGACAUAUAGAGACACACAUACAGAGCCAGAUCGAGGGACAGAUAGAGACCCACAUACAGAACCAGAUCGAGGGACAUAUAGAGACACACAUACACAGCCAGAUUGAGAGACAUAUAGAGACCCACAUACAGAACCAGAUCGAGGGACAUAUAGAGACACACAUACAGAACCAGAUCGAGGGACAUAUAGAGACACACAUACAGAGCCAAAUUGGGGGACUGAUAGAGACACGCAUACAGAGCCAGAUCGAGGGACAUAUAGAGACACACAUACUGGGCCAGAUCGAGGGACAUAUAGAGACACACAUACAGAGCCAGAUUGAGGAUCAGAUACAGACACACAUAGAGUAA